CUCAAUGAUUAACAAAUAGGGACUUACAAUUUGAGUAAUGAAGAAGCAACUGAAUUAUUGCCUAGUAAAAGCUCAAAGGCAGCGUUCUCAUUGAAAUCUUUCUGUAAGGAUUGCUAGCUCAAUAUAGACCUCAGUCUGAGCAUAAAAUCGUUACUGAUAAGAACAAUAUGAUAAAAAGAAUGAAUUCUUUCUAUGAUUCAAAAUCAUCCAGAUCUCUUUUUUGAUAAGAGCUAUGAAUGGUAGAAGAAAAAUUUUUGUCAUUUGAUUAUGGUUUUCAAAUAUAACAAGACCUUCACUUUUGAAUUGUUAUUGAUUCCACUCAGAUCAUUUUUAUCUUAAAAAGAUCGUUCGUCUUAGAAGAAGAACUAUUGAGUGUUCAGAACUUGAAGACAACUUCAAGACUCAUUUGGAAAAAAAAGUUGUUCAUAUCUCUGAACAAUUGAUGGAUGAGAAUGGAGUUCAUGAGAAGAGAGAGCAGUUGGAAAAUGUUUUUGAAAAUGACUUGAUAUAUCCUUUCAAUAAUGAUGAUUCCUUAAACAUAAAAGAAUCACCGAAAUUCCUUGAAGAUUCUUCCAAUUCAAGUAUGAAGAAACAUAAGUGUCAUCUGUGUGAUUUUGCUACAAAACAUAAAAGAUCACUAAAACAACAUGUAAAUUCUGUUCAUAUAAAUUUGAAGGAACAUGAGUGUCACAUGUGUGAUUAUGCUACAAACUAUAAAUAUUUAAUCAAACAACAUAUAAAACGUGUUCAUACCAAUGUGAAAGAACAUGGGUGUCACAUGUGUGAUUAUGCAGCAAAUAGGAAAGCACUUCUCGAUAAUCAUAUUAAUUCUGUACAUUUGAAUAUAAAGAAAUUUAAAUGCCACCUGUGUGAUUUUGCAGCCAAUACGAAAACGCAUCUCAAACAACAUAUAGAUUCUGUUCAUUUGAAAUUAAAAGGACAUAAGUGCCACCUUUGUGAUUAUGCUGCAAAUCAGAAAGUGAAUCUCAAACAACAUAUAAAUUCAUUUCAUUUGAAUUUGAAGAGACAUAAGUGUCACAUGUGUGAUUAUGCUACAAAUAAUAAACAAUUACUUGAACAACAUAUAGAUUCAGUUCAUUUGAAAUUGAAAGAACAUAAGUGUCACCUGUGUGAUUAUGCUGCAAAUCUGAAACAGCAUCUUAAUCGACACAUUAAUUCUGUUCAUUUAAAUUUGAAAACACACAAAUGUCACUUGUGUGAUUAUGCUGUGAAUCGUAAAGAAUUACUUGAACAACAUAUAAAUUCAGCCCAUUUAAAUUUGAAGCAAUAUAAGUGUCAUCUGUGUGAUUAUGCUGCAAAUCAGAAUGUCAAUCUCAAACGACACAUAGAUUCAGUUCAUAUAAAUUUGAAGGAGCAUAAAUGUCAUAUGUGUGAUUUUGCUGCUAAUCAGAAAGUUUUUCUCAAACAACAUAUCGAUGCUGUUCAUUUCAAUUUGAAGAAACAUAAGUGUCACCUGUGUGAUUAUGCUACAAACUAUAAAUAUUUAAUCAAACAGCAUAUAAAUCAUGUACAUUUAAAUUUGAAGGAACACAAGUGUCACAUGUGUGAUUAUGCUACAAAUAGAAAAGUGCUUCUCAAUCAUCAUAUCAAUUCUGUACAUUCAAAUAUGAAGAAACAUAAAUGUCACCUGUGUGAUUAUGCUGCAAAUCAGAAAAUUCAUCUCAAACAUCAUAUAGAUUCAGUUCAUUUGAAAUUGAAGGAACAUAAGUGUCACCUCUGUGAUUAUGCUGCAAGUCAGAAAAUGCAUCUCAAACAACAUAUAGAUUCUGUCCAUUUGAAUUUGAAGAAACAUAAGUGUGACAUGUGUGAUUAUGCUACAAAUUAUAAACAAUUACUCGAACAACAUAAAGAUUCAAUCCAUUUGAAAUUGAAAGAACAUAAAUGCCACCUGUGUAAUUAUGCUGCAAAUCUGAAAGAGAAUCUCAAAAAGCAUAUAGAUGCUGUUCAUUUGAAUUUGAAGAAACGUAAGUGUCACAUGUGUGACUAUGCUACAAAUAAUAAACAAUCAUUGGAACAACAUAUAGAUUCAGUUCAUAAAAAUCUCAACCAACAUAUGAAUUCUAAUGAUUCAGAUAUGAAGCAACAUGUGUCAACCGAAAAUUCGAAACACAAAGAUUCGAUUCAUUUCAAUGAACAUGGUUACACCCAAAAUCAGAACAGUUAAUUAAAAUCUUAAUCAACAUAUGAAUUCUAAUGAUUCAAAUAUGGAGCAACAUGUCUCAACCAAAAGUUUAAAUCAUAUGGAUUCGAUUAAUUUCAAAGAACAUAGUUUUACUGAAAAUUAGAACAUGGUAAUAAAACAAAAUAUAGAUUCUGUGCAUUUAGAAUAAAUGCAGUGUGGAUAUCAUAUCUUUGGUUUCAAUGUAAAUUAUAAAAGUAUCUCCCAACAACAUAUAUCUAUAUAUAUAUCCUGUUUAAUUAAUAAUUAAAAUUGAAGCAACAUA